UUGUUCUCAAAGGUCUCGUCCUCCCUCAGAUGCGGUGACUUGCUGGUGCCCGCUGUGGCCUCCCUCAGAGUCGCCCGGGCAAGUCGGGGGCAGUGCCCCUCGCCACCUGCACCUGCACCAUGUCGACCUCGUCCCUGAGGCGGCAGAUGAAGAACAUCGUCCACAACUACUCGGAGGCGGAGAUCAAGGUCCGCGAGGCCACGAGCAACGACCCCUGGGGCCCGUCCAGCUCGCUCAUGUCGGAGAUCGCCGACCUCACCUACAACGUCGUCGCCUUCUCCGAGAUCAUGAGCAUGAUCUGGAAGCGGCUCAACGACCACGGCAAGAACUGGCGGCACGUCUACAAGGCCAUGACGCUGAUGGAGUACCUCAUCAAGACGGGCUCGGAGCGCGUGUCGCAGCAGUGCAAGGAGAACAUGUACGCCGUGCAGACGCUCAAGGACUUCCAGUACGUGGACCGCGACGGCAAGGACCAGGGCGUGAACGUGCGCGAGAAGGCCAAGCAGCUGGUGGCGCUGCUGCGCGACGAGGACCGGCUGCGGGAGGAGCGUGCCCACGCACUCAAGACCAAGGAGAAGCUGGCGCAGACCGCCACGGCCUCCUCAGCAGCUGUGGGCUCGGGGCCUCCGCCCGAGGCGGAGCAGGCCUGGCCGCAGAGCAGCGGGGAAGAGGAGCUGCAGCUGCAGCUGGCGCUGGCCAUGAGCAAGGAGGAGGCCGACCAGCCCCCGUCCUGCGGCCCCGAGGAUGACGUCCAGCUCCAGCUGGCCCUUAGUUUGAGCAGAGAGGAGCACGAUAAGGAGGAGCGGAUCCGCCGUGGGGACGACCUGAGGCUGCAGAUGGCCAUAGAGGAGAGCAAGAGGGAGACGGGGGGCAAGGAGGAGUCAUCCCUCAUGGAUCUUGCCGACGUCUUCACAGCCCCAGCUCCGCCGGCCUCGGACCCCUGGGGGGGCCCAGCGCCCAUGGCUGCAGCUAUCCCCACAGCCCCCCCUGCCUCGGACCCCUGGGGGGGACCCCCUGGCCCUCCAGCUGCUGAUCCCUGGGGUGGCCCAACCCCCACGCCAGCCUCUGGGGACCCCUGGAGGCCUGCUGCCCCUGCUGGACCUUCAGUUGACCCUUGGGGAGGGGCUCCGGCCCCUGCAGCUGGAGAGGGGCCCACACCUGACCCAUGGGGAGGCUCCGAUGGUGAGUCCUGCUGGCCGAGCCCUUGGGAUGGAGACACGGGCGAUGGUUCCAGGAGCUGCGGGGUCGGGGUGGGUGGCAGCCCCGCGGGGCCCGACCCACAUGUCCUGUCCACAGCAGUCGGGGGCUUCGACCCAGAGCCGGAUGAGUUCUCGGACUUUGACCGCCUCCGCACGACCCUGCCGACCUCCGGGAGCAGCACGGGGGAGCUGGAGCUGCUUGCAGGAGAGGUGCCCGCCCGCAGCCCUGGGGCAUUUGACAUGACUGGGGUUGGAGGCUCUAUGGCUGAGGCUGUGGGGGGGCCCCCCCCCGCCGUGGCCACUCCAACCCCCACGCCCCCAACACGGAAGACACCGGAGUCGUUCCUUGGGCCCAACGCAGCUCUGGUUGACCCUGACUCACUGGUGAGCCGGCCGGGCCCUGCACCACCGGGAUCCAAGGCUGCCAACCCCUUCCUGCCAAGUGGAGCCCCGGCCACUGGCCCCUCCGUCACCAACCCCUUCCAGCCAGCUCCCCCAGCGACGCUCACCCUGAACCAGCUCCGUCUCAGCCCGGUGCCCCCAGCUCCUGGAGCACCCCCCACCUACAUCUCUCCUCUUGGUGGGGGCCCUGGCCUGCCCCCCGUGAUGCCCCCGGGCCCCCCGGCCCCCAACACUAACCCCUUCCUCCUCUAAUCCAGGGCGGGAGGGGCUGGCCCGCCUGACCGUCCUGCCCCUGGAGUCAGUGUCAUGAGUGCAUUUGA